AUGACGAAUAUCUAUCUAUCUAUCUAUCUAUCUAUCUAUCUAUCUAUCUAUCUCACUCUGUUCAUAUCUAUCUAUCUAUCUAUCUAUCUAUCUAUCUAUCUAUCUAUCUAUCUAUCUCACUCUGUUCAUAACUAUCUAUCUAUCUAUCUAUCUCACUCUGUUCAUAUCUAUCUAUCUAUCUAUCUAUCUAUCUAUCUAUCUAUCUAUCUAUAUAUCUAUCUAUCUCACUCUGUUCAUAUCUAUCUAUCUAUCUAUCUAUCUAUUUUUAUUAUUUUCUCAAUGUCUAAUUUUUCUGUUUUUAUUUUGUUUCAGCCUGUAUAUACCAACGCUUUUGCUUUCCCCGUAUUUAUCUCAGUCUCUUCAUAUCUAUCUAUCUAUCUAUCUAUCUAUCUAUCUAUCUAUCUAUCUAUAAGUCUUCUCCGAUCUAUCUAUCUAACAAUUAUACUCAGAGUAUAUCUUCGACAUCGCGUCUGUAACAAGCUAAGGUCGCUCGGCAACAGAACGACCGCUGCUUCUCUGUUUAAACUUGCCAUCAAAACUUGGAGCGAGUUGUUCAGUGCCUGUCUCUCAACUCGCACUUUCAAACACAAUCUAUGUCUGUUAAUAUGUAUCUAUCUAUCUAUGUAUCUAUGUAUCUAUCUAUCUAUCUAUCUAUCUAUGACAGUCUGUUUUAUCUAUCUAUCUAUCUAUCUAUCUAUCUAUCUAUCUAUCUAUCUAUCUAUCUAUAAUAGUCUGAUCUAUCUAUCUAUCUAUCUAUCUAUCUAUCUAUCUAUCUAUCUAUGA